GAUUGAAUAAUUAUGUCAAUGUCAAUGUAGUAAAAGAAAAAACAUUACAGUAUUUAGGUUUACGUGUACAUAUAUAAAGUUUUUAAUAAUGGAGGGAUCGUUACUAGAACCUACAUUGUAUACAAUAAAAGGGAUAGCUAUAUUAGAUUAUGACGGUAACAGACUAUUAGCUAAAUACUUUGAUAAAAAAGUGUUUCCAACAACAAAAGAGGAGAAAGCUUUCGAGAAAAAUUUAUUUAAUAAAACUCAUAGAGAAAAUAAUGAAAUUAUCAUGUUAGAUGGUUUAACAUGUGUUUAUAAGAGUAAUGUAGAUUUAUUCUUUUAUGUUAUGGGUAGCUCACAUGAAAAUGAGAUCAUUCUUAUGAGUGUAUUGAAUUGCUUGUAUGACACAGUUAAUCAAAUAUUGAAGAAGAACAUGGAGAAAAAGGUAUUUUUAGAGUCUAUGGAUAUUCUUAUGCUGGCAAUGGAUGAAAUUUGUGAUGGAGGGAUAAUAAUAGAUGCUGACCCAAAUUCAGUAGUGUCUAGGGUUGCUUUAAGAAAUGACGACAUUCCUAUAGGGGAGCAAACAGUAGCCCAGGUGUUUCAAUCUGCCAAAGAACAACUGAAAUGGUCAUUGUUAAAGUAAGAUAACUACCGAUUUUUUUUUCUAAUAAAGUUUAUUACUAA